UGUUACGAAACUGGUAUAUUGUUGAAAGAGACGUUACAAAAGGACAAGAAAACUUUUAUAAUAUGGAUUUAAUAAAUACUUGCCCAUUAUAUUGACUUUUAGUGUCUGUGUGACGUCAGAUUGUAGCUAACGUUGUCAGCGUUCUCGCGAGUUUCAUGAGUUUCUGAAAGAUGGAGAACUUUUUUUUGUAUGAAGAGAUUGGAAGAGGCAGUAGAUCAGUUGUUUAUAAGGGUAGGAGAAAAGGCAGCAUACAUUUCGUGGCCAUCAUCUGCAGUGAGAAGUCCAAGAGACCUGAAUUAACCAACCAUGUUAGACUUGCUCAUGAUAUCAAGCAUGAUAAUGUGGUGUCUUUCUAUGAAUGGUAUGAGACAAGCAACCAUUUGUGGCUGGUGGUGGAGAUGUGCACAGGUGGAUCUCUGGCAGGACUCAUUUCUCAGGAUAAGUCCUUGCCUGAAGACGUAGUGCUAGAGUUUGCAAUUGACCUUAUAAAAGGUCUUAAACACAUCCAUGACUCUGGCAUUGUUUUCUCUGAUCUAACACCUGCAAAGAUAUUGCUAGAUGGUCCGGGAACUCUGAAGUACUCUAAUUUCUGCCUGGCAAAAGCUCAAGGAGAGAGUUUGGAGGAGUUCUUCUCACUGUUGAUGACAGAAGACACAGGAGACAGCAAGGACAACUUAAUUUCUCUACAGAAAGACAUCAAGAGCAGAAUUAGAGGUUCUCCUGUGUAUUGUGCUCCUGAGGUGUUGACAGGAGCAGACUCAAGUUUCAGCAGUGACCUGUGGGCCUUGGGCUGCAUCCUAUAUGAAAUGUUCACAGGAAAUCCACCCUUUACCUCUGAAAGUAUGACUGGAUUAGUUGAUCUCAUUUUAAAUGAAGAUCCUCCACCCCCAAAACAGAAAGAGCCCGCUUUCUCACAGCCCAGUCCAGAGUUCGAGAGCCUGAUCAUUGGUUUACUUCAGAAAGAUCCAGUGAAAAGGUUAAGCUGGGACCCUUUACUAUCUCAUCCGUUCUGGAGGGGAGAAUUUUCAAAGACACGGCCCUUUACAGGAAAUGAGCAAGAUGGCAUAUCUUUGAUUUCCAGCCUACGUUUGCCCCUUGUGGCCUCUCAGACAGCGGAGGAAACACAGACAGCACCUGCUGACCCAAGCAGCCUAAACCUCAGCAAGUCCUUCACUUUAGAUAAUGUGGUUGAGUUUAGACCAAAGUCUGCGCUGGACACGGAUGCCAGAGAGGCUGUUUUCCUCCUCAGCUCCAGGCCAACUCCAAGAACAAGCAGAGCUGCUAGACAGAUGGAGGACAGGGGGCCUGAAACUCAAGAGUCAUGUGUCCUUGAAGAGGAGCAGAGUGACCUAAACACCUGCAUUAAAGCUCUUUUAUACACAGACAGUGAUCUUACAGUGACCCCUAUCAUGGACAACCCAAAGAUUUUAAAGGCUGCUCCAGUUCGCUUCGACCCUAAAACACUUUGUUUACCCGCACACUCAGCUGAACGUUUGUCCUGUCUGAGCUCAGAGGACUGGUGUCAGUUCUUGCAGCAGGUGUGUGCUGUUCUGGAGUCAGUGGACCGGGCUGGAUCAGCCAGCGCCACAGCAUCACGCACUAAACUUAAUCUGCUCUGUUACCUGUGCACCGUCUGUAACCACAGAGAGACAGCUACACGCCUCAUACACUCUCAGCUGUUUCCUGUGCUGGUUCAACAGAUGCGACAUGCUCCUAACUGGGAUAUAAAGAGCAAAGUGAUGAGGGCUAUUGGGUUGCUGGCCUCCCAUUGCACAGAACUGAGAGAGGACGUUCCUAUCACAGAGGCGGUGGCCAUGUUUACAGAGCUGAUACGAGAGAACUUCAGGAGCAGCAAACUGAAGCAGUGCUUGAUUCCACCACUAGGGGAGCUGCUCUAUGUCAUCGCCACACAGGAAGAGAAGAAAGAGCGCCCAGGAGGAUUGUGGGUCGUUCCUGCUGCCGCCUACACCGUGUUAAUGAGGUGCCUUCGGGAAGGGGAGGAGUUAGUGGUGAAUCACAUGGCCGCCAAAACCAUAGAGAACGUGUGCAGUCGAGAGUCUCAGUAUGGUCAGGGGUUCAUCACUGCAGAGGUGGGGCCUGCGCUCUGGUAUCUCUUCACACACUCCACUGUGGAUGCGCUCAGGGUCAGCGCUAUAUCUGCUCUAUGUAAAAUAACUCGGCACUGCGCGGGUGCCUUUCAGAGCGUGAUCGACAAGGUGGGAUUACCCAGCAUCCUCAGCUGCCUGGUGUCAGGCAUCAGUCGUGUUCAACAGCACAUGCUCACUAUGUUUGCUGCCAUGUUGGCAUCUGGAGCACACUCUCACAGACUGGUACAGGACAGGGACUUUGUUAUGAAGAUAAUCCGUUCUCUGGAGAGUCCGUCUCCAGUCAUCCGAGCCAAGGCCUUCCUCGUUCUCCUGCAGGUCCUUAUGAACAACAGAGAGAUGCUUCUGCUCUGCUGUAACUCCAGGCUAGUGAUGUACAUUGAAAGAGACAUCAGAAAGGCCACGCCGGGGAAGGAGCAACAAACCGGCAAUGAAUACCUGUCGAAAUGCCUGACCCUCUUCAUUCGUCACACUGUGAUGGAACUGCCAGCCAUCCUGGAUGACAUCCUGUCUGCGUUAGGGUGCAUUGUGGGAAGGAAGCAUCCAUCUCCGACACAGGCCCGUCAUCUGAAGCAGAGCCUCCCUAUGAUGGCUGUAGUGCUGCAUCUACUCACCUCACAGAUUUUCCGACCACAGGUGGUGACCGAGGCUUUUCUUUGCAAAUUUGGGAAACUGCUGAAUCACAUAACAUCCAUUGAUUCUAAUGAGACGAGUUUGGGAAGUGCUAUUGGGCAGACUGCAUCUGAAGAGUUGAUUAGAAACACACUUUCUGCAAUGGAGGCCGUUUCCCAGCAUCCUGUUCUGCUGGGCCUGUAUCACUGGACAGUUGUGGAUUUGAUUGUGCCGCCAUUGACGUCUCUUGCCUUCAGUAAGAACGUGGAGUGGCGUAUUGUGAGUCUGCAUGUGCUCUCUGAGAUCACGCCGCUACUACUGAGCCAAGAGGAUGUGGAGUGGGGAGAGAAGGAUGGAGGGAGAGAAAGAGAAAGCAUUUCUUCCAACACCCGACUGCUGACGCUCAUCUCUGAGGCCCUGCUGCCACAAUAUGAGAUUCUGCUCCUGGAGCCGGAUCCUGUUCCUGUUUACGCCCUUGAACUGCUAGUAUCCCUCACUGAACACAGCUCACCAAUCAGCAGGCUUGUUAGAGAGAGCCGUCUCCUGUCCACGGUCUUUCAAGUCAUAGAGGACCACCAGAGUAACGUCCUUGGUGGCACAAUGCAGAACGCCGCCGCUCUCCUCUGCAAUCUGAUUGGACAAAAGGGCACAGACCUCCGACCGUUCUACCAGCAAGGUAUAAUUGAGCUGGUGUGUAAUGUCUUUGUGGAAGUCUCGGGCUUAUACCUGGAGAAAGAGCAGCACUCAGGGUUGAAGAGUUGCUAUGCUCUGCUCUUAUGUCUGCUGGACAUCAUCCACUGCCUGCUCAAACAUCUCUCAUCUGUAGUCCGACUGGCCCUGCAGAGAUCAGACAGUAAUGAAGACACUGAGGCUGCAGAAGAACUACUGCUCAUUCACAAACCACUGACAGAAAUAAACAACCUCCUCAUUCAACUGUUGGCGUGUAAUGACAGCAAGUUGUACGAGGAGGUCAGUUCUUGUGUGUCUUUGCUGGCUCAGCUCUAUGGAGGAGAAGGAGCCGACCGCAUGCAACCGGAGGAGCUGCUCAGCCUGGCACACGCAUUACAGACACACACCGAACCCAGACAACAAAAACUGCUGCUCCGUGUGCUCAAACGCCGGAUGAGUGCAGUUGACAGCUCCUGUUGGGGUUCCUCUGAAGGUCAGAACUUGGUUCACAUUCUGCAGAAACUGGCGCUGCCUACCAGGCACCAGUCUGACAUGACAGUGGAAUCACUCGCUGCAGAGAUUCUGAAAGCCAUUGGAUCGUGAAACCUACAAAACGUUUUUUAUCUUGGUACUUCAUGUAUAUUUGCACUUAUUUAAUGAAUGAUCCCCCAAAAAAUCUAGUGUCUCCUGAAUUGUCAAAGACUGUAAAGCACGGAGCCUAUAAACUAAUGAUUGUUAAUUUAUUUGCUUUGAGAUUAAACUGAGUUUGUUAAUCGCUAUAAUUUUUGCCUAUACAAGUUUAUAUGCACUCCAGAAAUUUCAAAUAAAAAAAUAUGCACACAAAAUAAGAUAAAUUUAGGUCCAUUUUAUUGUUUAGCCAGGUCAAAACAAAGUCUUCAACCAAUAUUGCAGGCUACAAUAAUUAGGGGUUCUUUUCAAAACCUUUCUAAAGCUACCAUCAAAUAAAAGAAACAAAAGAUCAAGACAAGAGAAAAAAAAAAGAAACAGAAAA